AUGCCCCCGCCAGUCCCUGUCAGUGCCAAUCAGGGAGACGCCCGGCGUCCCCGGGAACCGCCCGCCCUUUACAAGUUGAUAAUGACCCCUCUGAUGUUCAUCUCCUUCCUUGUCUCCCUUGCCCUCGUCGACCUCCGCUACUCGGCCCUGCGGGCGCACUACCACGCCGGCCCCAGUCAAUCUAGCCGCCUACCUCGCUGGCUGCACCGUCUCGUAUAUCGCUACCAGCCGUACCGCUAUGUGACUGUGGCUGAUCCCCUCGGAAGCCCUGGGAGGAGCCCCGCCAGUCCAGGCAGUCCUGGGUCGCCGGGGAUCGAAGGGGAGGACUACUAUCAUAGCAAGCAGAGGAAGCUGAUGAAGAUGGAGGCUGCCGAGGCGUUUGAGAUUCGGGGGUGGGUGGUGACGGUGAUGGGGUUGGUGAGUAUGGGUGUGUUUUGGGCGGGUUUGAAACUGGUCUGCUGGGGGUUAGGCGCUGUGAGGGUGUGGAUUUAUUAG